GGGCUAUGGAGUCCGGGAGUUACAGGCGCUCACUGGGGGUGACCGGAUCUGUAUGAAGCAGAGGAGCCGGGAGAGCAGAUACCCCGGGACUCACAGCGGCUCAUCACUGCUGGAGGAGGCAGAUCGAGACCGGUCCGCUUUGUGAGCUGCGCAGAUAGGCCGAGCGGAGAACUGACAUGACGUCCCGCAGAUGGUUUCACCCAAAUAUAAAUGGACUAGAAGCUGAAACUCUCCUCUUGACAAAUGGAGUCCAUGGGAGCUUCCUGGCUCGUCCCAGCAAAAGCAAUCCAGGUGACUUUACCCUAUCAGUCAGGCGGCACAGUGAAGUCACACACAUCAAAAUCCAAAACACGGGGGAUUUCUAUGAUCUGUACGGUGGAGAGACAUUUGCCACAUUGGCUGAACUGGUGCAGUAUUACACGGAGCAGCAGGGUCUACUGAGAGAGAAAAACGGAGAUGUGAUCGAGCUCAAGUAUCCGCUGAACUCCCAGGAUCCUACUUCAGAAAGGUGGUACCAUGGGCACCUUUCUGGACGAGAGGCUGAGAAGCUGCUCUUGGAAAAAGGAAAGCCUGGAAGUUUCUUGGUGAGGGAAAGUCAGAGCAAACCGGGAGAUUUUGUUCUGUCUGUCCUAACAAGUGAAGAGAAGCUAGAAAAUGGAGAGCGGAAAUCUCGUGUCACUCAUGUCAUGAUUCGAUUCCAGCCGGAUGGUAAAUAUGACGUGGGAGGGGGAGAACGCUUUGAUACACUGACCGAUCUGCUGGAGCACUACAAGAAGAACCCAAUGGUGGAAAGGUCAGGAGCUGUGGUGCAUCUUAAGCAGCCAUUCAAUGCAACGCGAAUCAGUGCAGCCAACAUAGAUACUCGAGUUCGAGAGCUGAACAAAAUGGCUGACAACACGGAGAAGGCCAAGCAAGGAUUCUGGGAGGAGUUUGAGAUGCUGCAGCAGCAAGAAUGUAAACUACUCUAUCCAAGAAAGGAAGGACAAAGGCCAGAGAACAAGUGCAAGAACAGAUACAAAAACAUUUUGCCUUUUGACACUACGAGGGUGGCAUUGAGAAACACGGAUGAGAGCCUUCCUGGGUCAGAUUACAUCAAUGCAAACUACAUCAAGACUGCUCUGGAUGAUUCCCGGGACAACCGGCCCUUCAAAGUCUACAUAGCCACACAGGGUUGUCUACAAAACACAGUUUGUGAUUUUUGGUCCAUGGUAUAUCAAGAGAACACGCAUGUCAUUGUCAUGACAACCAAAGAGAUGGAGAGGUCCAGGAAAAAAUGUUUUCGUUAUUGGCCAGAAGAGAGCUGCACUAAGGAAUAUGGCUGUAUCAGCGUGUCCAGCCUUGCCAUCCAUCUAGAAAAAGAUUACAUCCUACGAGAGCUGCAGAUUUCCCUUACAGACCAGGAUGAGCCUCCAAGACACAUUUGGCAUUAUCAGUACUUGAGCUGGCCAGACCAUGGAGUCCCAAAUGAACCAGGGGGAGUACUGAGCUUUUUGGAAGAGAUCAAUGCAGCUCAGCAGUCUAGUCCACAGUCUGGACCUAUAGUGGUACACUGCAGUGCUGGCAUUGGACGCACUGGUACAAUCAUAGUGAUAGACAUUCUGGUGGAUACAAUUAACAGGCAAGGUUUGGAUUGCGACAUUGACGUCCCAAAGACCAUCCAGAUGGUGAGGCAACAGCGCUCGGGUAUGGUACAGACAGAGGCCCAAUAUAAAUUCAUCUAUAUGGCUGUACAGAAAUAUAUUGAGUCCAGGAAGAAAUAUGCGGAAGAUGAACAGAGGGGAAAGACAAACGAGCGAGAGUACACGAACAUUCAGUAUCCACCUGUGGAAAAGAUUAAACCGAAAACGCCAUCUGCUGCAGCUCCCUGCCAAGCACGGGUUAGUGAAGAUUCCUCCUGUGUCUAUCAGAAUCUGAACAUUAGAAGCACACAUGUGUCAAGCACUAGCAGUUCUGGAAGAUAAUCCUUGCCAUUUGUACAGACGCACAGUUCCUGAAAGAGACGGCACCCUUAGUCUCCCAAUUCCUGGGCACGGCUGCCUGGAGUUGUCCCCAGUUCUGCAGCUUACCCCUGACCUGCCGCCGAGCCAGCUACGGAAGGGGGUCGACAAGUGUGAAAGAGGCGUGAGCUUGAUGCACCUGCAAUGGAGAGCACACCUAUCGUAACUUAUUACAAAAGAACAAUCUUUAUUUGCCUCAGUUGGUUUGGCAUAGUAUUUAUUUAAGUGCCUCAGAAAAAGCAACUGAGUUUUAAAGCCUUUUAUUUGUUACUUUUGUUUUGUUUUACUCUUUUUGUUUUGUAAAAAUGUGUAAAUAAAAAAAUAU